CAGACCUUCAACGACGGCGAGACCGUCUUCGCCAAGGGGUCCAAGGGCACGGACUUUUACGUGCUGAUCCAGGGGUCCGUGGAGAUCGCCGUCGACGAGGACGAGAAGAUCGUGCUCGACAAGAAGGGCUCCUACUUCGGGGAGCUGGCCCUGAUCCGCGAGGAGCCCCGGGCCGCGGCGGUCAAGGCCAUCGGCGCGACGAUCCUCGCGCGCAUCUCGGGCGCGAACUUCAAGAAGCUC